GAUCAGUAUACCAGAGUGUAGCUCAGGCAAUGGUGAAAGUAUUUUAGAAGAACUUAUAAGUUUUGGUAAAACAGAUGAAUUUUAGCAGUCAUUGUUAUCUAGAUUUAAAUGAGACAAACUGGAACAGCAGAGACUUGAGGGGAGGGACUGGAAAAUCAGGAGACAAACUUGAAGGAGCCCCAUCACAGGGAGGAGGAGUUCAGCCUUGGGUUAAAAGAAUAGAUCAUCUGCACCACACAAGCAACAACAUCUGUAUAAGACAGAUGCAAUCAUGUUUCAAGGUCACAGUAUGGCUGCACAGAUAAGUCUUGCUAGACAUGAUGGACUGAGUACUAAAGAACUAGAGAGGAGGAUCAGGCUCCCUCAGGAUUUGAUUAACUUUAUUAAAGCCAGCAAUGCCAUAUGUAAGUACCAGAACCUCUUUCAACAACAGUUCAGGAAUCCUGUGUUCAUACAGGUUGGGUUGGACUUUGCCCUCUUUAGUAUGUACCCUCAUGACCUUGAUGAAGCUCAGGCAGCAGUAGUGGGGGAUCUGAGUGUGGAAAUUGAGAAGCUCCAAGGUGCUGCUGCCAUCCCUCCAGAUAUAGACAGAAUAAAAGAAACCCUCACACAAGCCAAGAAAGAUCUAAACCGCAGUGAGCUCAGGGUGGACUUUAGCUUCAUCCCUUGCCAAGGUGCAGCCACAGUGGCCAAAGUACGUCUAUUGGGCUACACUGAAACCGUGAAGAAGCUCAGAGAUGUUCUUCAGGAUUACCUGGUGAAUCAGGUUUCUACUAAAGAAGUGCUGAACCUGCAACAUCCUGAAAUGGUUGACUGCUUUGAAAAAAUACAAGAACUGAUCAAGUUUAAGCAAACAAAAGCUAAUGUUAAACCUUCCCAUCUUCCAAACCCAUGUGUUGUUAUCUCUGGUCCCCGGCGCCAUGUUCAGGAGGCCCAUAAGGCUCUUAGGUCUGGGCUAGCAAGUCUGAUAUUAGAAAAGUGGAUUUUAGAUGGCCCGGGAGCUCUGCAGUACUUCCAGGCAGACGGUAAAGUGAGCAAGGAGCUGGUUGAGAGUUCCAGUCAGGUUCUUAUCAAGGAACGGCAAGUGUCAGCUCCAAGACGAUAUAUUUAUCAAACCAGUAGCUUCCUUCCUCUUCCUAAAAAAACAACCAGUCUUCAGUCCUCCUUCCUCUUUGUGGGUCUUCAAAGAAAAAAUGUUGAUGAGGCCAUAACAAAAAUGAAGAAUCUGUACCAAGCUCACAGCUCAACAAAAACCUUCCUUCCUCAAGAACUGGAAGACCUCACCCAGAAUGACAUAAAGAGUUUGAUGGACCUAGUAGAGACUCAGGGUUUGUAUGUACAGAACGACCGCAAUGGCUUGACAGUGAGUGGGAUGAAGGCUGGGGUCAACCAGGUGGAGCAAAUGCUCCGAACCAUCACUCCCCUUAGGAAAGAAAUGAGAGUCAAAGAAGAGGACAACCUGUACUGUCGUGUAGCCUGGUGUAUUCUGGGACAAAAUGGAGAAUGGGAGAGACUCCCGAAAUCGGCCAAUUUUAAUCUGGAAAAACCUAACAUCACAAAAGGUAUAGUAGAUGCACAGGGGUCUACAUGGAGUGUGAAUCUACAAAGGAUGGAGGCUAUAGGUAAUAUAACUGGACAGGUGGCCAAGCUGAAACGACUUGAGAAUUUGCCAGAUUUUACUUUUCCCCUGUACUGGGACAAUAUGUCUAGUAAUGAAAACUUAAAAGAAGUGCUGGUGGAUCGGUUCUCUGCAGAGUACCAAACUGUCCAGCAGGACUUCAACAAAACAGCCAACAACAAAACCAUUCUCAAGAUUGAGCGCUUGCAAAACAUUCAUCUCCGCCGUGCAUAUGAAAUGCAGAAGAAACACAUGUCGGAAAAGAACAAAAAUGAAGGUGGAGCAGGUGAAAGGCUUCUGUACCACGGGACAGACCCGGAAAGUCUCCAAUCGAUCAAAACCAAGGGGUUCAACAGAAGCUUUGCUGGGAGACAUGGUAAUGAUCAUUUGUUUAACUUAGGGUGUUCAAUUAGCCUGUCAUUAAAAUAGGAGUGUAUAGUUUUAUAGACUAGUCAAGCUUAAUUUUUACACUAUUUAUACAUUUACAGACACACGAAAAUCUAUUUUCUGUUCUACAUCAACCGG